CCUGACUCCCACUGGAGGAGGGGAGGAAACAACGCGGGGAUUUACGGCCCGGGCGAUGAGCCACGAGAGCGGAGAGGAUCUGGCGGAGAUCGGGUUACUGAGAGGUGUCCCAAUGAGUGGAUCAUGUGGAUCACACAUUUGGGGUGAUCCAUAGUAUGGCUGCUUUGCAAUCGACUCGUGUCACAAGAUCUACAGUAGGAUUAAAUGGCUUGGAUGAAACCUUUUGUGGGCGAACUUUAACAAAUCGUAGCAUUGCUCAUCCAGAAGAGGUUUUUCCUCAGUCACUACUGAGAUCAAGGUCGCCAAAGAAAAGACCAGAACCAAUACAAAUUCAAAAGGGGAACAUUUCAAAGAACAGUGAGUUAAAGCAAACAGGACAACGUGAAUCGUGGGUAAGCCCAAGAAAAAGAGGGCUGUCUUUUUCAGAAAAGGACAGUUCUGAGAAAGACAGUGAAGAAAACAGUGAGAUAAGUUUGACUGAACAAUUGUCACCUGUUCUAAAGAAAAUCAAAUUAUUGCAGUCACAGGAUUCAGUUGGUUUAAAUGAAGAAAUACCAAGUCAAUUUCCCAAGGAUUCAACGGAAAGCAGAAACUCUGGUUCCGACAAUGACAAAAGGGAAGUCAAAAAAGAAACUGAGCCAGAGGAACUUUCCAAUUCAGUAACGGAAGACAUUUUUAACCAUCAAACAGUUAAUGGUGUUGAUGGGAAAGACACUGCUGCUUUAACGUGCAAUGACUGCCCUUCUGAUGGGAGCAUAAAACAGAACAAUAAUAUUGUGUUGGAUCCAUCAAAGGAGCUAACAGACUCUGAAAAUGGGAGUUCAUUAGACCCUUGUUCAGUGGUAACCAACAACAAAAAAGACACAUUUUCAGACCACAAUGUGCCUUGCACAAACUCAGAGGAGCAGGGAGAAUCACAGGACCAUAAACUAAUAAAUAAUUGCCUGCCUAGUGAACUUGUUAAUCAGGCCAGCGAACUAGUAACAGGCUCUUGUAUAGACACACUAUCAACUGUAAGGGAUUCCGAAGAGGAAGUUGAUGUUGUAGGAGAGAGUGCCUCAAAGGAGCAUAUUGUUGAGAAUUCAGACAGCUUACUUAGAAGUGAUCAUGAAGAUUCAACAACAGGGGAGCCUGAAUCGGGGCAAUCCCUUAAUGAACUUGACAGUGUUUGCUCUGAAGUGGCGUGCUUUUCAGACACGCAAGAACAUCGGUAUACUUUAAGGACAUCUCCAAGAAGGCCAGGGUCUUGCAAAGAUAGCCCAUGCAAAAGUGAAUCUUUAGUUGUGGGACAGGAACACGUGGAAGAGAAUAUUUCCAAUCAAAAUAGUGAAACAAAUGUUAAUGGCUGUUUGGAACUUGAUGAGGUGGUUAAAGAUGACAAAAAGCUGGUCUGUAAAUCUGAAAAAUGCUCCAUAGAUGAACAAACCAGGCCAUCCUCAGACAUAGCCACAGUUACUGAGUACAUGCCAGCUGUCAAGGAAGGUGGCAGUGUGCAGGUUGUAGAGGAGGAGGAAGAUCCUGAUGUCUACUACUUUGAAUCUGAUCAUGUGGCACUGAAACACAGCAAAGAUUAUCAGAGACUAUUACAGACGAUCUCUGUUCUCGAGGCUCAGCGCUCUCAAGCUGUUCAAGAUUUGGAAAGUUUAGGCAGACGACAGAGAGAAGCGUUGGUUGAUCCCAUUGGAUUUGUGGAAAAGCUUCAGAAGAAGAUGGAUAUUGGGAUACCUCACCCACAGAGGAUUGUUCAGGUGCCAGACAUUACAUGGGAUCAGUACACUACCAGUCUUGGAAAUUUUGAAAGAGAAUUGAGAAACCGAAAGCGAAAUUCUCGGAGAGUAAGAUUGAUCUUUGAUAAAGCAGGGUUAACUGCGAGCCCCCAAAAGUCUGUGGAAAAUAUGAAGGAUGGUGAAUCGGCUUCAUAUUCUGUUCUACCCCAAAGUGAUGGUCAAGAAGGAUCUACAAGUAGUCAUUCACAGAUAAAAGGUAGACUGUGCGCCGAGACCAAGACUGGAACUUUUAAUCUGCUUUGGACCGUGGAGGAACAGAAAAAACUGGAGAUGCUACUUUUGAAGUUUCCCCCAGAAGAGGUUGAGUCCCGUAGAUGGCAAAAGAUAGCUGAUGAGCUAGGAAACAGAACAGCAAAGCAGGUGGCUAGUCGUGUUCAGAAGUACUUUAUAAAGCUCACAAAAGCUGGUAUUCCUGUGCCAGGAAGAACACCAAAUUUAUACAUGUAUUCUAAAAAGUCUUCAGGCAAACGACACCAUAUACUCAACAAGCAUCUCUUCCGACCAUCUACCUUCAUGACAUCCCACAAACCACCUGUCUUCAUGGAUGAGGAUGACGACCGCUCCAGUUUUACUAGCAGGGAUCUUGAUGCAGCUGGUGAUGACGAAAUAUCGGAUGAAGAAACUAUUCCCCUUGCUUGCCAUGACCUAGCAGAGUAUAAAGAACUGCUUGAAUUGAAGAAGUUAAAGAAACAGAAGCUUCUGGAAAUGAAAGCAGAAAGUGGCUUUGUACAACAUAUAGGUUUCAAAUGUGACAACUGUGAAACAGAGCCCAUUCAGGGCAUUCAGUGGCACUGUCAAGAUUGUCCCCAGCGGAUUCUGGAUUUCUGUGACUCUUGCUCAGAUUGUUUAUAUGAAACAGAAACACACAAAGAGAAUCACCAUUUGGAGCCCAUUUAUAGAGCAGAGACAUUCCUAGACAGAGACUACUGCAUGCCCCACAGCACCAGUUACAAUUACCUUGAUCCAAACUAUUUCCCAGCAAACAGAUGACGUGACUGGGCAAACAAAAUGUGCUUGGUAUUUUCUCCAGAAACAAAGGGUGGCAGAGUUGUCAAUAUCAGUUUUCAAUGUGGGAUAAUACUCAACGUCCCUUGAAAUAU